ACUGACGCACCAGUCAGCCAAGCAUUCUAGCACUGGAUGUAUUGCCCUGCACUGGGCAUAGAGUGACCAUAGAGUAUGUAAUAUAAUUAUAUUUGGCAAGACAACUCUCCUGGCUCACUCAGGAGCCCCCACCGCUCCUGAUACACAGGAAUCCUUGGAUCUGAUGAUGCGCAGGAAAUAACACAGUUUCAGUUUGCAAUUCCAGGCGAGAACCAAGGAACAGAGUGAGCAGUGAUCAGGUUUAUUACCGAAGCUGGAAAUGGACAAAAUGCCGAACAGUGAGGACAGGCCGCCUGCAGUCAGGGGCAGUGAGACUGAGCGAGCAGAGGGCAGUGGGUCUGUGCUCAAUGAAGUCAGCACGGCUGGAGGCCAGGGCAGCAGCGACAUGCCUGCUCUCCGCAAACCAGAUGUUCCCAGCUCCAGCCCGCCCAGACUCGUGCCCCUGACUGAGGUGAUGGAGAUUGCUAACGGAGUGUCCAAGAUGGUUAUUGCACAUGAAAUAGUCAUCAACAGCAACUUCCAGAUCCGACAGCCGGAACCUUCCGAGGACAGUUUGGAGAGCAGAGUGAAGGAGGUCGUCCAUAAAGCCUUCUGGGACAGUUUGCAGUCACAGCUGAGCAAGACACCGCCGCAGUACACACACGCCAUCAAACUCCUCCAGGAGGUCAAAGAGUCGCUGCUCUCGCUCCUGCUCCCGGCCCACACCCGCCUGCGGGCGCACAUCGAGGAAGUGCUGGACAUGGAGCUGAUCCAGCAGCAGGCGAGGCAUGGAGCCUUGAGCCUCCCCCAGCUAGCUCGCUUCAUCACAGCCACCAUGGCCAUGCUGUGUGCUCCAGUCAGAGACCAGGAUAUCAACAGACUGAAAGGUCUGACCCAGCCGGUACCAAUCUUCAGGGAGAUCUUCCGCGUUCUGGAUCUGAUGAAGAUGGACAUGGCAAACUUCACCAUCCGCAGCCUGAAGCCACACCUGUUGCAGCAGUCCAUCCAGUACGAGCGAGGCCAAUUCCAGCAAUUCCUGGACAAGCAGCCCAACGCCUUGGACAACACGAAAACAUGGCUGAAGACGGCAGCGGCAGAAACGGCCCAGUCACUCGCUGCGGGCUCUGGUGGUUACAGACCCACAGUGCUCAGCCCCACGCUGGUGCUCAACCAAGGCUACAUCAACCUGCUGCAAUGGGAGGCUGACAGCAACACAUACCCCGAGACUAUGCUGAUGGACAGAUCUCGUCUCCAGGAGCUGCAGCAAAGACUGACUUACCUAAAGCUUGUGGCCUCCGUCCUUUUGGUGACCAGUAAUGUGCUGGGCGUGCAGCCUGGGUUUGUAGAUAAGUUAAAGCAGGUGACUGCUGCCCUGUUAGAGGGGUUGCAUCACAGGACCUUCAACUUGGAGGAGGCUCUACUUGCCAUCAGUGACCAGGUCAUCAAAGAGGUCAAGAGGUCGCUGUCUGACCUGCAAAGUGCUCCUUUGACAAACGAGACCGAGUUCAUCCUGAAAGGCCAAAUCAGAAGCAUCGCACAGACAGACAAUCCCAUUCGCACGUUACUUGGUAAUCGGAUGGUGAUGUACCUGAGGGAUGCGCUGAGCUGUCCGCAGCCUCUCCCAGGGGGCCUGACCCCGGUCCAGGCCGAGCUGCAGGAUGUGGCCUCUGCCCUGGGCCGUGUGGUCCAUCACAACAGCCUGGUGUUCGGGCCCUAUUACUGCAGCAUCCUGACUAAGCUGCUGCUCCCUGAGUGCGGCACAGACUCCCGCUGACCUGCUCGCAGACAGGAGGGGCCUCACAACGAUGGGGCGGGGAACCAAGUCCAAGACAACAGCGUUUCACAACACCCAAUACCCAACAGUGUAACAUUUGUAAUAGAGAAACAUUCCCGGGAAGAUAAUCCCAUUAAAUCCUGGGUCAGGGCCAGGCAGGGAAGCUUUUUUUUCCCCUUUUCAAAGCAAAAUCCUUUUUUUUCUGGUUUGUGUUUUUUUUUCUAUUGAAGGGCAUUCCCCCAAUUUCGUUCUCUGUGUCUCACACUAGUUUCCUGAGGAGGAGAGGAGAGCAGCAAUCUGCCUCAGGAGACAGGCAUUACCAGAGAGUCAGUCAGGACUGGGAGUUUCCAAUAGACUGGAAGCAAAGAGACGUUAUUCCAAUGCUAAAAAAAAAAGUGACAGAAUCAUACCUGGCAACUACAGACUCAUUAGCUUUACCUCAAUGAGAGUGGAAAUGAUGGAGUCAAUCAUCAGAAACUAAAUGGAAGAUUAACCAUAGAAAAAUAAGCUAAUAAUUGACAGCCAACGCAGGUUCAGAAAGGUCUAUGACCAUAGACUUUUUGAGGAAGUGACAAUCCAAUUUGAUUCUAUACAACUAUAAACUAUGUUGUUAGUUGACCUAUCGCUCACUGUGUCAAAACAGUGUGAGGCAGCAAUAAACAAGGCAAACAGGAUGUCGGGCGAGGAGCUAAAUCAGUGGAGUUCAGAUCCCCAGACGUCAUUGUCAGGCUGUACGUUGCUCUGGUCAGGCCACACCUUGAACACUGCACACGGCUCUGGUCACUGACAUAAGGGGCUGCUCAGGCCAUAGAGACAGUGCAGAGGAGAGCAACGAGGAUGAUUCCCAGCGUUAGAGGAAUGAGCUGUGAGCAACGACUAGACAACCUCAGGCUCAUCAGUCUUGAGAGAAGAUGACUCAGAGAGGACCUCAUAGAGGUGUAUAACAUUUUAAAUGAGAUUGAAAAGAAACCCAGAUCAUUACUUUAGGAUACAGCAA